CAACAAACUUCUUUCCCCGCUGGCGCGUUUCACAUUUUUGCCAUUUAAUUUACCAAUGGCCUAUCACAGAACGGACUGACACGACGGCACCAUCACAUGACCCUCUUAACUAACGUUUACCAUUUCCUAUAACUAUGGAUCCGCUAUUGUAAAUAAUUUCCGGCAAUAUUCCGGACAUGAAUUGAACUAUCAGUUGAUCGAUUUAAUUUCCUGAAAUAUUAAUUAGCAUGAAUGUCACUCAUGUAUCAUGACAUCUUUUUGUCUGUGCUUGUGACCUCUUGAGAUGUUUCAUGUAUCGCGGAUCAUUUAAUGAAAGAUAAAACAUGUUCAGAAACGGAGCGCGAAUUUCAACCUUGCUGAGUAACUACAAUAUCCUUUUAGCGAUACUUUGUGUAUCCAAGGCUUUCACUGAACAAGGCCCUCAGCCUUUUGCUCCCGGAGUCACAUCUCGACAUGGAGUUUUCAUCGAGAAAUGGGACGGGGUUGAUACUUAUGAUAUCGAGACUCUCCUGAAGGACCCACGCUACCCAAACCUGCCAACCUGGAGCGGUUACUCUUCUUCCUUUACGCAACCGGAAAACUGGGGCGAGAAUUUUGGCACCCGGAUCAGAACUUAUUUUGUACCCCAGCAAAGCGGUUCUCACAUAUUCUAUCUGUCCAGUAACAACGAGGGUGAACUGUUUCUCAGCAAAGACGAAAGCCCCUUGCAUAAGAGCAUGAUAGCUUGUAUUCUGGAGGAGCGGUUUGUCGACCCCAUGGUCUUCAACAAGUACACGGAACAGACUGCGUGGCCUAUUCAGCUAGCCCAGGGCAAAGUCUAUUAUAUGGAGGCCUUAAUGAAAGAGUAUUAUGGAGAUGAUCACCUCAUGAUUGCAGUUAAAACGCCUGAUGGGAAAUUCUACGCGCCAAUCCCCUCUCAAUUCCUAUGGACAGGGCUCCCACCUUUGUCAGUAAAAAGCGCGACAGCGCAAAUCGAGCUGAUGAAGGUAGCGGCCCGUGCAGGAGCGAGAGCGGGAGCCAAUGCGGGAGAGUCAGCAGCUUCUCGUUCAGGGGCUCGUGCUGGAGCCGCAGCCGGAGCAGCUGCAGGAGCAGAAGGAGGAGCAAAGGCUGGGGCCGAAGCAGCCGCGAAGGCAGCGAGAAGAGUAAUGAAUAAAGCUAUAAACCUUGCUCUGAAGGCGUACUCAGGACCUGGUCAAGUGAUCAAUAUUCACUUGAAUAAGUAUGGAUUCACAGCAGGGUCAUAUAGAGGACGAGAAAGUGCCGCUUUGUUGAAUGGAAUUAUCUCUUCCGGAAGUGCUGGACCGAUUGGAGGAUCUUCAGCUGCAGUCAGUGGCUCCUCUGGAAUAGCUAUUGGAGGCUUCCCACCUGGGACAGCUGUUGAAGCCAACGGCGGUAAUACUGCAUCCUCAAAUAAGGGGGUUGCAUCCUCGAAUAAGGGAACCUCAUUAAAUACUGGGCGCGCGUCCUCAAAUACUGGAGGUAUAUCCUCUAAUUCGGGGGUUGCUUCGACAAAUAAGGAGGGUGCCUCAAGUACUGAAACGUCUCCAUCAAUGUCUCGCCUGAAACCGGCGAGCCCCCCGGUAUUUACCGCACUUUUGCCAGAUGGAACGACAAUGGAGCAAAAGAUACAUCUCGGCGGGCAUCGCCAGCACUUAUCGAUCACCCAGGAGCAGGCUUUUGUGUAUUUUCCGAAGCCUGGCGAAGAUCCAGAUGAGAUCGCAAGAAAGAUUACUUACGAUGGUCUUGGAAUGGCGAGACAAGUCGUGAUUGGCGCGAGAUACACGAUACACUCUCUGGACACUCCCGCGAAGCAACUUAACGAGACACUAAACAUGUGUUUGAGGUCUCAGGAGAGUCAUAUCAUCUUGAAGAGCGACUGUCACUUCUUCACCAUUCGACGCGGACUCGAGCCCUUCGCAGGAAGAGACGUGCUCUCAUUCGAGUCAGCGUGCAUUCCUGGUUAUUACAUCGUUCAGAGAAACUACAAAUUUGUACUGGAGAAAAGACAGGAUACAACCACAUUUGAUCGCGAUUCGUCGUUCGUUCUGCACAAGAUCACAACCCACGCGACCACCGUUCAGAUUAUGAUGAUUCACCAUGACAUGUGGUUUAUGUGUGAAUCGUCUCCAUGGAAACGUCAAUCACAUUAUCGUGGGGUGGAGCUUCUGUACACCAGCGCUAGGCACGAGUUUCUGGACAGUUGUUCAUUCAACAUAGCUCCAAUACCACGAGGAAAAGACCCGAAGAUUAACUGCAAAAACGUAUUACACGUAGCACGACCAACUAUCGAAAUAGACCGACAUCCAGCCCUAGUGAAUGAAACGUGUGUCACUGUUGAGUUCAUAAACAAAGAGCUUAUCACCUUCAAACUUAUCACCGAUGUCAACAACAAAGAGUACUUGGUAUCAGAAGGAGUCUUCAAGCUGAGAGUGAUCGUCAAACGCCCCGAGCUUCACCCACAGGUGUCAUUUAAAGCGGAAGAUCUGAAAGGAGAAAGACGGAUUCUGCUGAACGGAGACAAGACGAUUGCAGUGGUGCCCAAACAACAAUGUGAUGACUUCUUAAGUGUUGAAGUGUCCUCAACGCCAAGUGGAGCAAAAGGGAAUGCGAGUGUACAUUACCACUACCACUAUCACCCGGCUAUGGCGCCCAGUCCCUCUCCGCCAGUUGUUUGUUCAACAACAUGUCAAGCUCCGCCUCCGUGUCACCCAGCAUGCCCUGCAAAUUGCUGUAGCAUGCAUUUAUCCCCUGUUGCAAAGGCAACAAUCCUGCCCGUCAGGCGGCCAUGUAUCAAAAUCUGGUACAAGGGUCAUGGAAGGACACGUUGCAUGAACAAGAACGUGGCCACGUGACUACUGAUACGGAAGUGGUGUGACAUGCUCGUAGGCUGCUGCCAUCAUGACGUCAUUUAAGGCUGCCGAUAAUGCCGAGCUUCAUAAGAAAACGACAUCACAAUGCAGAGUGGCCUUUUAUAUAAGUACGAUAUUUCGGCAGGCAUUGCUACGUUAGGUCAGAAGACAGCUAUGGAUGUGCCAAAAUAUAAUCGUACAUGGACUUUUGUACCCACAUGUGCACGUCACAGAAUACAAUGUGUAAUCCCCUGCAUGUGUCUCGUUACCUCCCAUUUUGAGUUAACUUAUACCGUUUGCAAAUUAUCCGUCUUUGUUUUUGUAUUAUUUUUGUUGUACUAAUAUUUUGGCUCAAUAUAGGUGAAAAAAAAAACAAUAAUAAUUAAAAAAACAUUGUCAGUGCAGAUGACGAACUGCGAAAGGCAGUUCUACGACCGAAAGGUAUAAUGGAUUUCUUCCAAAUAUAGAAACCGUGGGAUUAUCUAUUAACGGCCAUUAAUGUAUUGUUUUGGUAUCGCUGGAGCUUAUUAAUGAGUUUUGUUUUUACAAAAAAAAAAAAACUAUUACCUACACUGCCUAAUGCGGAGCCCCACAUGUCACUUUUUGUUCGUAUCUAUAAAGUACAACUACAAGAGCUGUUAUACAAUUUAUGGGACUAUAAGUUUGAUAGAUAAAUAGUUUAUUAAAAAAUUAUUUCACUGCAGGGUAAAGGCCAAAUUGCACAAUUUACAUCGAAUUAAAUUUAACAAAAAUAUUUUGAUCAUAUAAGUAAGGGUUAGAUAAUGGACGCGAGUGUUCUAUAGGAUUUAGGGCGACUGCGUUAGCACGAAAAAAUUGACGCAGGGGUAUAAAAUAAGUGUUUCAAACAUAAAUAGACGCAAUAAGGGGUAAGACAUAUGUAUCGGGAAGGAUAUUCACAAAUAAGGUUCAAAGCACAUGCGAAAUAAACAUUCAAUUGAGUUGA